ACUACCACGGAACUUUUUGGGUUGGCAGUUCAUCCGAAUCCAAGACAUCAUUUGCUCAGCACAUACAAGAAAACUUUGGAAUCUCUAACACAGAUUCCCCCUACUGCUGUUUAUCGUCAAGCCACUGAAGCCUUGACACAAUAUCGACUUUCGAUUGUAGAAUCUAAUGAAGAUGUAAAAGAGAUUGAGAACAAGAUUGGUGCGGGAAUAAUUGAAGAGGUUAUUUGGCAGGCAGAGGAUGAACUUAAAUUGUUUAAAUAUAGGUAUACUAAACUAGAUAAUAUCCAUUAUAGAUGGGAACCGCUUGAAGAUCCGCCACCAAAGGGACAAUGGCAAUAUGAACAGAAUGAGAAAUAA